CCCAGCUGGUUAGGCAACAGCUAGCUGGGGAAUAGGAGACGCUCAGUGGCACUCAAGUGUUGGACGUAGAUGCCUAACUCUGUUCCAGUGCGGACCUACCCCGUAGAGCUUACUAGCCUGCAUAGCUCCACUGCCUUUAUUUCCAGCCCCCGGUGUGACUUAAUACGAGUAUGACAUUGCCUUCUGUUAGUAAGCACUCCUCCUGAGAGACGGCUUAGUCCCAGAGUUAGAGUGCUCACAGGUGUGUUUUAUACUCAACUGUGUUGCCGUCUUAAAGAAAAACCUUGGAUCCUAUUUACCAAAAUCCCCCAUCUCACGGCUAAAACAAUAGAGAGGUCUGAACAAAGGCCCAGAUCCAAACAUUGAGUCACUUGGAUUCACAUCUGGUUCUCAGUUUUGCAACUGCCUCCUAUCUCUUUGUGUACAGCACUAUCUGUUUAAUGGGCUUAACCACAUUUCUGAAUAUGAAGACCCUCAAAUUUGCUGGAAAUUUGGCUCACAGCCAAACUUUACAUCUUGGACUUAUAGCUAAAAGGACAACAUCAAGGAACAUAACUACAACGUUAAGUGAGGAGUUACUGUACCGGAGUCGACAGGAGAGCACUCAGCAGUUGAUUUAUCGCCUCUUCACUAAAGGCGAUAAAUCGAUCCCUGUUGGAUCGAUUGCUCCGGAGGCAAAGCUGCAUCUUAUCAAGGGCUGUAUCAGAAGUAUGUAUGCUGACUCUGAAAGGCAGAGCACCUUUAUAAACAAUUAGACACAAACAUAACAGAUUUGCUGUUUGUGACUAUAACUUCCUCACCAACCAACGCUGAUGUUACAAUCAAAGAUGAUGCCUUCAGAUCAUGGGACAACUCAAAUAAGAAGGGUUUGCAUGAUCAGACCAGGAACUUUGUCAUCUUGUACUUUUGUAAUGAUCAAAAAUUCAUGCAGCACUCCCACCCUCCCAUGAGCACAAAGCCUCUUCUUCCACUUCCUCUUCUUUUACUUUUUUGCUUCAUCUUAUGGAGAAAGAAGGGCUUUCUGACAAAAAUCACCCUGAUAGAAGAAAUAACAUCUUUAAGACAUAAUACAGAUAAUUACAGCAAGAAUGGGUCUGCUGAGUUCCAAACACUCCAAAGUCAAACCGGCUAAGAUAUUAAUGCUGGGACUUGAUUCAGCCGGGAAAUCUACACUAUUGUACAAGUUAAAGUUUAAUGAUGUUUUCCUAACACUCCCAACAAUCGGUUUUAACGUGGAGAUGAUUGAAACAGGGCAAAAUAUUGCUAUAACAAUCUGGGAUGUUGGAGGGCAACAGAAAAUGAGGACAUUUUGGUGCAAUUACUUUGAAAAUGCAGAUGGCCUGGUGUACGUUGUGGACAGCACUGAUAAGCAACGUCUGGAAGAUUCAAAGAAAGAAUUUGAACUCCUCUUAAAGAAUGAAUUUGUAAAGAAUGUGCCUAUUGUUUUGCUAGCUAACAAGCAGGAUCUUCCUGGAGCUUUGAACGCUGAGGAAAUAACCAGGAAAUUCAACAUGCAGAAACAUUGCAGUGAUAGAAAUUGGUAUGUACAGCCUUGUUGUGCGAUCUCUGGGGAAGGUCUGGCAGAAGCAUUCCAGAGAAUAAUAGCAUUUGCAAAAAACUGCAAACAAUCCAGAGAAGAAGCUUUUACAAUUUUCAAGCACGAUGAAAAGUUGUAAGAGUCUUCAUUAUCCCAAUCUGUGGAAAGCUAACAUGGAGAGUUUAUUAUGGGAAUUAAAUCUACAUAUUGAAUUCUGCAAAUCUUUUAAAAGACUAUUAUAUAGCAAAAUGUAGUCAGAGCAAGCUAAAUUACUAUGUUGUUACAUUUGCAUACUCUUUCAGAGCUACUGUUUCACAGCAUUUUAAUUAAAUGACAGAUUUGUAUUCUAAGUCCAGAUAUUUGGCAGUGUUAAACUGCAUGAUGUAAUAGUAAAAAGGUGCAUUUAAACAUUUUAAAUAUUCUACAAUCAUUUUAUUUAUGCUUGUUUAAUUACACAAAAUGUACAAGAGCUGAGAUAAAUGGCACAUUGAGGAAGCAAAGAAAAAGUAAAAAACAUUAUUUCAUAUUACAUAACAUACUGUAUUUGUAAGUGCUUUGUGAAUAUGUUUAUUAUACAGACAUAUAUAAAUUCUUACACUAGAAAGUAAUUUUGAUAGCUAAUUUAUUUUAGCUGUUUUAUCAUUUUACCAAUACUUAAAAGAAAAAGGCUUUCUCUUUUCAAUUAUAUACAAGAGAAACUGCGUACUUGGAACAGAAGCAUUAACAUUACUGCUUUCUCAGGAACCUGUCCUGUUCACACUGAUUUCAGUUAGAGCAGGAUCAGACCCUCAAAACCCAUAGAAUGAUCUCACCAAGCUGAUUCUGUUUUCUGUGGGUUUUGUGUGUAUUUUAUAUCACUUUCAAUCAUGAUUAGGGCUGGUGUUUUCCAGAAAUUGCCAAUAUUGCUGUGUUUUUUCCCAAAAUUACCUUUCAUUUCCAGAAUUGCCAAUUCCAGAGGCAAAGCGUGCCCUCCCAGAUUUCUGCCAGGGUUUAUAUCUGCUGACUGCUCCCCUAGGCGCAGGGCAGAGGUUGGGGGCUGGCUGUUGUAUGAGACUCGCCACCAACUUCUCCUCUCCUCACACAGGCCUGGGCACAGCAAUACCAUUGUGGAGCUUCCCCUGGGAGGGCAAGGCACUUGGGCUCCCUCGUCAUGCUGCACAGUGGACAGUGCUUGCACCUUUUCUUGACAGCGUCCACAGCGCCUCUCCCCUGCUCACCUGCCCUGCACACAGCUGGCUCCUGCCCCCUCCCUCCAGCACGCAGUUGGUCUGGCUCUAGCCCUCAGUGUCUGUCCCCCCUUCCCUGCACACAGCUGGAUCUAGCUUUCAGUGCCAAUCAUCUGUCCCUCACCUUGCCUGCACAGCGGGCUCCUGCCCCCUCCUCCCUGCACACAGCUGGCUCUAGGCUCUUAGUGACCAGGUCCUCAUCUCCACCUUCCCUAAUCCCUGCACACAGCUGGCUCCUGCCCUUCCUCCCAGUACACAGCUGGUUGUAGGUGCCCAGCUCAUAUCUCGCUUCUGUACACAUCUGGACUUUGCCCCAGCUACCUGCAGGCUCAGUGCCGUUCCCUCACAGCUAGAGCCUCUUCCUGACCCUCCUGCAGCCAGUGGGCUCUAAGCCUUUACUGCCAGUGCCUACAUCUCCUUCCCCCCUUUUCUCCCAUAACAGAGUUGGUGCUGGGCUCUCCAUGUUCCACAGCAGUCACUCCCCACCUGCCUAUUCCAGAAAGCAACUCAGGUUCAGCCGCUGUCUCCCUUCUUCACUUGUCUCCCUCAGGCACUGGCUUCUUACCUGCCCAGAACUCUCCUUGACACCAGCUGCAGCAGCCUUUCCCUUGGGUCCUAAAGCCUGACAAGUUGCGUGCUCGUCUAAAACUGUCUCCAUCUGCUAUUACAUAGUAUUGUAAAACAUGACAUCAAAAGUAGCUCUAGAAAUCAAAACUCCUUUAUCUCUUAGGUACCUGGGCUGAACCCCGCUGCAUGCCACCAGAACCUUUAAAUUGUGCCCCCUCUCCCACUAUCAAGAGUUAUGUGUUGCCUCUAGCCAAUUCCUUUCAAUUUUCCACCUUCUGCUUCGGCCAUUUGAAGCCAUUUACUACCCAUGCAUAAAAUUGUUAAGCCUGAGGAUAGAGUUAAAGAAUUCGGCAAAGAUGUUCUCCAUGUGAAUGGAGGGAAGUUAUUUUGUACAAUUUGCAUCAAAUUUCUUGACCAUGUUAAAAAGGAUCACAUAGUCAACCACAUGAAAGGUCCACAUCAUGUUGCAGCAAUGGAAAAAAGAAAAUGAAGGGCAGAGAGCAAUGAUGUGACAGCAGCAAAGCAAUAGCUCAUAAUUAAUGGUGUGCUUGCAUGACAAAAUGAAAAUCAGAAAUACGGGGAAAAGAUAGUACAAGACGGGGUGGAGGCCUGUUGCAGUGCAAACAUCCCACUAACAAAAACAGACAAUCCCAAAAUGCGAGAAUUCCUAAACAAGCAUGACCACUCAGACAUGCUCAUUUCAGACACUACCUUGUCAACCAUGGAGUUGAAAGCCCAACAUUACCUCUAGAACUGGUUGUAACAAGAUGUAAUAGUUGGUUUAAAGUCAUAGAUUAACUCUGCCAUCAUGUGGAGUACUACAGGGGUUUGUUGCUCAAGAAAUCAAAGUGGAGGACAUGACUGCCAUUUUAGAGGAACUAAGUGCUUUACUGCAGAGUGAAUCACUUUUAGCAGAUUAAUUUUUAUUCAAGCACUUGUUCAGACAGUACUUAAAUUUGAAUCACGGUUGACUUUACUAACAGAAGUGUACAACAUUGCAUCUGAUCUGCUGACAAGACUUCAGUACAAAGGACAGAAUGCACUGGACAAUCUCAAAUGUCAAGUUUUCAAAUCUGUGCAGAGAACCUGCAGGGGUACUUAAAUACAGACAAACAGCCAAUAUAUAGAUUUUUUUGCGAUGUGAGAAUCCUUGACUCCAAUCAAGUUUGUGUACUCUCCCACAACUUCAGUGACUAUGAACAGAGUUCUGCUGAGUUCUGUACCUUGAGGGUUAGUGGGCAGUUUACUUGAACAUUGUAAAUUAACUUUCUAGUACCAAUUAAAUUUCUCUCUCCAGUUUUUGGAAAAGCAUGGACAAACAUUUGCCAAGACUUCGGCUAUAUCUACAGUACAAUCUUAAGUCGACUUAUGUAAAUUGACUUAACAGUCGUCACAUUAAUUACUGCAGUAGCUGAUGUCCACAAUAACCUCCUUCUGUUCAGUGGUGCGCGUCCUCACCAGGAGCAUUUCCACUGACUGAAGAGGGGCAGUAUGUGGGACAGAGAGCCAGGGCUCUCAGCUCCCUACAGCCCCCCACUAGGAGCCCAGCUGCUCCCUGGGGCUCCUUGCCUUCCCACUCCCAGUCGGGAGCAGGCAGGAGCCACCCAGGGCUUCAGUGGGGAGACUCUGGAGCCCGGGUCGGCUGCCAUGCUCCUGAUAGGAAGCGGGGAGCCAGGAUCCCGGGGGUGUGGGGAGCAGGGCUCCCAGUGGGGAACCUAGGUGGCAGCACAAGCCAGGAGCCUGGGUGGCAGCCCGGCUUGAACCAGAGACCCGGUUGCAGUCAGACUUGUUUUGUGAUCACUUAAUACAUUUUUAUGUUCUAAAACUGACGAUUUCAGAUGUAAAAAAAAAUUAAAAGUGUUUGUAAACAUUGUAAUGUAGACUACUGCAUUUUUGUGCUGUAAAGAAUUA